GUCAUAGUAAGACUAAGAGCCAGUAGACACUUAAGUUCCCUGGAAGAAUUUGUCACAGACUGGAGAAAGGGAAAAUUCACCCGAGAACACACAAGAAGUCAACUUGCAGAGAGUGAAGAAGAAAAGCUGUUCGAUGAAGUUGAGGUCCCUCUGCGGAUCUCAUCUGAAGGCAUUUUUCCGUUUUGCUUUCCGUCAUUUAAAUCUCCGGACACAAAAGAUGAUAUGGAUGUUGAUGCUCUUGGUACACUGAAUGUGCAAGCGACUUUUGUCAAUGUCAAAACACACGUGCCUUAUUACAACUUAAAGGUUCCCAAACAAUGUGACAUCCUGGGUUAUAACCGUCACUCCGUAGCCGACGCGUCCUCGGGGUAUGUCCCGCCAAAGCUCGUACGUCCCUUGAGGGUUGGCGCCGAGGAUGAAAUAAUAAACUUGGUCAGCAGUGUACCGCUUACGUCGGUUAGAAGUCCCAGUCCCGUCCCGACCACGGAAGGAGGCGAGGAAACUAAAGAAGAGGGCGAAGAAGACAAAACACAGAAUCCACAAGUAAAGAGCCCCAUUAUCACAACCCCACAAGAGGACGUAGCCGUGCAGGAGCCUGAGGCGGUGCCCCUCGUGGUGCCUGCUGCGUUGUUCAGACCCACAUCUUACCAUCCCAUGCAUAUUUUUAACCCCGCACCAGGUUUACAAGUGUUUAAGCCUCCGCUUCCUUACUCCGAAGUGGAUGAAGACUAUCAUUUGUGUCCGUUACCACGUAACAGAACUGCUGGAAAAUCAGGGAAACAAGGCAGGAAAUACCUGGAGAGACAGGAUGUUAUUCCUGGUGUUAUGACGUGGAAGCGGUUUCCUUGUCAGCCUCUGGUAUCCAUGGCAGCAAAUCCAACGAUAUCAAAUGUGUGGAUUCCUCGAUGGACUGACCCAUUCAGUGAGGACCUGCUGCCUACGGAAGUGCCUUCAUUACUACAAGGUCUCCCGGAUGAUGACGUUAUGAGUGAUGACGAAGCGGAAGAAGAAGCAGCAGACCCAGGCUUCCAGGAGAUCCCAAUCCCCACGCCAGAGAUGGUUUGUGCCCAGUUUCCCUCGGCAGAGAGCAUUCUUGGAGACCAAGAUCAACAGGGGUCGUCGCAAUUAAGUGAGAUGGUGCUUCACCCAGGCGGAAACACGAGAACCUUAGUGGCUGCUCCAACAGCAGCCACCACAUCCUUCGUUCCAAGGGAGAAACGUGAAAAAGAAUUAAACGAAUUUUUGAGACAGCGGCAGAACAGAGUGGGAUUUAGAAUAAAACAAAGGAUACAGUCCAUAAAUGAUGCCAUGUCUUCGUCCAAUCUGGAACUAAAAUAGAAUUUGAUAAAUUUGAAAUUAGGAAACAGAUGUGGCUGAUUAGUUGUUUUAGUUAAAGUGCGAAAGAUUUCACUUGUCUUUUUCCGAUAUUUGACCGUCUUUGCCCAUUUCAGUGAGCCGUGUAAAAAUUUUGUCUCUUUGGUUUGAGUUGCAUAUACAUCAAGUGUGAAUGUUAUAAAUUUGUUGAUACGAAUGGUGGUUCAUUCCCUAACGUAAACAGAACAUUUUGUAAUAAAAGUGUCGUAAACCGAC